UCAACUGAAUUAGGAAUUUGAUAUAAAAUUAUGAAAAUUAUGAGAGCAAUCAAAUCAAACACAGAAAGAAUGGAGAACAAUAACAAGGUGCUAAUGCUAAUGGUGUUUUGUUUCUUCUUUUGCUCCAUGCCCAAUUUAUCUACACAGAAAACUUUUACUACUAUUGCUCCAAAUCAGUUUAUGCAAUUUGGUGAUACUCUUGUUUCUGCAGCUGGGAUGUAUGAAGCAGGUUUUUUCAACUUUGGAGAUCCACAACAUCAAUACUUCGGUAUAUGGUACAAGAACAUAUCGCCAAGGACUAUUGUGUGGGUUGCCAAUAGAAAUACCCCGACACAAAACUCAACAGCAAUGUUGAAACUUAACGAUCAAGGAAGUCUUGAUAUUGUGGAUGGCUCCAAAGGCAUUAUCUGGUCCUCCAAUAUAUCAAGAAUUGUAGUGAAAUCAGUUGUUCAGCUUUUUGAUUCGGGAAAUCUUGUCCUGAGAGAUGCAAACAACUCUCAGAACUUUCUGUGGGAAAGUUUUGACUAUCCCGGUAACACUUUCCUUGCUGGAAUGAAGCUGAAAAGUAACUUAGUUACUGGUCCAUAUAGAUAUCUCACUUCUUGGAGAAACCCUCAAGAUCCUGCUGAAGGUGAGUAUUCAUAUAGGAUCGAUAUGGAUGGUUUUCCUCAACUGGUUACAGUAAAGGGAGCAAGAAUUCUGUAUAGAGGAGGACCAUGGAAUGGAUUUCUUUUCAGUGGUUCUCCCUGGCAAAGUUUGUCUAGAGUCUUGAAUUUCUCAGUAGUUUUCAGUGACAAAGAAGUCUCUUAUCAAUAUGAAACUUUGAACAGUUCAAUUAAUACUAGACUGGUGCUAGAUUCAAACGGAAUUUCACAACGUCUUCAAUGGUCAGAUAGGACACAAACUUGGGAGGCUAUAUCUUCUCGUCCUGUAGACCAGUGUGAUCCUUAUGACACUUGUGGUAUCAAUUCUAAUUGCAAUGUUGAUAUCUUUCCAAUAUGUAAAUGCUUGGAAGGUUUCAUGCCAAAAUUUCAACCAGAGUGGCAGUUGUCAAAUUGGGCUAGUGGGUGUGUAAGGAAAACACCUUUAAAUUGUCUCGACGAUGGGGAUGGAUUUUUACCGUACACAAACAUGAAGUUGCCAGACACGUCAACAUCUUGGUAUGACAAGAGCUUGAGCCUCGAGGAAUGUAAGACAAUGUGUUUGAAAAAUUGUUCUUGCACUGCAUAUGCAAAUUCAGAUGUCAGAGAUGGUGGGAGUGGCUGCUUACUUUGGUUUAACAACAUUGUGGACAUGAGAAAACAUCCUGACGUAGGACAAGACAUUUACAUACGAUUGGCAUCUUCAGAACUUGAUCAUAAAAAGAAUAAGAGGAACUCGAAGCUUGCUGGGACUGUCGCAGGAAUUAUAGGACUAAUUGUUCUUAUAUUGGUCACAUCAGUAUAUAGAAAGAAGCUUGGGUAUAUUAAAAAGUUAUUUCACAAGAAGGAAGAUAGUGACUUGUCAACAAUAUUUGAUUUUUCGACCAUCACCAAUGCAACAAAUCACUUCUCUAACAGAAACAAGUUAGGAGAAGGUGGUUUUGGACCAGUGUACAAGGGUAUAAUGGUAGAUGGCCAAGAGAUUGCUGUUAAGAGGCUAGCUAAAACAUCGAUACAAGGAUCCGAGGAGUUCAAAAAUGAAGUAAAGAUGAUGGCAACACUUCAACACCGUAAUCUAGUAAAACUUCUCGGCUGUUCUAUUCGACAAGAUGAAAAGUUGUUGAUCUACGAAUUCAUGCCCAAUAGAAGCUUGGAUUACUUUAUUUUUGAUACUAUGCGAAGCAAAUUACUAAAUUGGAAUAAGCGCCUGGAAAUUAUUAAUGGAAUUGCUCGAGGGCUGCUAUAUCUUCAUCAAGAUUCUACACAAAGAAUCAUACAUAGAGAUCUCAAGACAAGCAAUAUUCUUCUUGAUAUUGAUAUGAUCCCAAAGAUAUCAGAUUUUGGUUUAGCCAGAUCAUUUAUGGGAGACGAAGCCGAGGCUAAUACAAAUAGAGUGAUGGGAUCAUAUGGAUACAUGCCUCCAGAAUAUGCAGCGCAUGGAUCUUUCUCAAUAAAAUCUGAUGUUUUUAGCUUUGGAGUCGUUGUACUUGAGAUAAUUAGCGGUAGAAAGAAUCAUGGAUUUCGUGACCCUCUACAUCGUCUUAACCUUCUUGGUCAUGCAUGGAAACUAUGGAUUGAAGAAAGACCACUGGAGUUAAUAGCAGACAUAUUAUAUGAUGAUGAGGCCAUAUGUUCAGAAAUAAUAAGAUUUAUUCAUGUUGGUCUAUUGUGCGUACAGCAGCUACCAGAAGAUAGGCCUAAUAUGUCAUCUGUGGUCUUUAUGUUAAAGGGUGAAAAGUUACUCCCGAAACCAAAUGAACCCGGGUUCUACGCUGCAAGGGAUAAUACAAAUAGCAUGGAAUGUUCAUCUAAAGAGUGUUCAAUAAACGAAGCUUCAAUCUCAUUGUUAGAGGCCCGAUAGAAUGCCACUGUGUGUGAUAUUAAAUUUUGGUUUUGACAAAUAUAGAUAUAGAUAGAUCAUAGAACACUAAUGUGUUGUACAUGUGUAAUUUUAUUAGUCUGAUUCUUGAUAAAUUCCUGUUGUAAAAGCAGAUUUCAAAUACUUAUUUAAAAGAAGAUGCCAUUUAAAUCUGGUAUUGUAAAUCAA